AUGCAGAUGGAGGCGAGUGAAGCCAGCAGUAAUUGGCCUUCGGGGGUCGCCCUCCUCGCAGCGUCUGGGCACAGCUCGGACAAUUGGUGCGUUUGCAAGGGCGCCCUCGAGGGCGCGAAGUUAUUCGCGCGUCGCGCUUCGCGGUUCGGCUGCAGUUCCUCUUCAUCCUCCUCUUCUCCCCUGGGAGCUUCCGAGCCUCCCGCUCCCGUUGUCUCAACUCGCCGUUCUCCGGCGGAUGCAGCAGCCGCGCUCCCGCGGGUAGCGUCGCAGCGCUCCCCAAUUCGCCUCGGCGCUCAGUGCCCUCCCGUCGCCUUUUGUCCUCUCGUGCAACGCCUCCGUGCCAAUCUUGGCAAGAGUUUGGAUGGUCCAGCCCACUUUUAA